AUGUCAGGAAUGGAAGUCGUCGCGAUCGUUGGGUGCGUCGCUGCCGUAGUCUCAGCCUUUGAGCACGGCGACCAACUGGUCAAAAAGCUCAGAGAGAAGCGGAUGAUCAAGAAGAAAGGCGCUCUACCUCCAGAAAUGCUCGACUGUUCACUCCAGAUGGGGCCUCCAGCCGUCAGAUUGGCGCAUGAUGGUGGAAGACUGCAUUUCGGCCGAGCUUUUGAACAUGGAGACCGCAUUGCCAAUGAGGCAUUCAAAGAUAUCAUCAUACAGCUGCAAGGACAGCUCUUAAGGCACCUGCUUGUCGCACAAGAAGAUGACGGAUUCGUGCAUGACUUUGGCCCACUUGUGGACGCCUCGGAUUUUGGCAGGCUACGGAGUGUGACGGUAUUGAACGAGUUGUUCAUGAGGUUGGCAGAGCGUGGCCCGAUCGAGUCAAUUCCAGGAGCCAGUCAUAGGAGACACAAUAGUACCGCCACACACCACGUGGGGAGAUUACCGGACAAUCAUCAAGCCAGCGAAGACUUGCAAGGCUCAGAGCAAGUGCGAGGUGAAGCAGCCCCGAUUGACUCACCGGAGCAAGUGGAUCUGGGGCUGGGACCUCGACGCGUGAAGACCAUAGAAACAUUGGGCGGUGAGACUCCAAGCCAGAAGCACCCAACAAGGAUUGCCACAGACAAGGAGGACGCAGCUCCAAGUACGCGAAAGCAAGCCAUCCAGAAGCCUGGGGUUAGUCACCAUCACCCAUCCACACCGCCGACUCCGCCACCCAAGGAUCAUCCGCACAACGCCCCUUCAAGUCCCAGCAGGAAGAGGUACCAGGUCAGCUUUCCAAGGCCCGCGUCUAUGGUAGAGGGGUUUUUUCGAGACGAUAACAGCAAAAGUAAGAGCGCUUCAGCUUCGAGUGACGGGUCCUCAAAUCUGCACCAUGCACACAGAGGCGCAUCACCCGAGUACAAGCCUGCGCUGAAGAGAGCAUCUAGUGCUAGGGCCAUCCGGGAGAAAGAGAACCCUGUCAGAAAGUGGGCGUCUAUGAGCUCAGGCUCAAGCCCCAAAAACACGGAUUGCGGUGGCUUUUGUCCAGGAGCUUGCACUAUUCGGACUGGAAACCAGGGCAUGAUCCUGCGAAAUCAGUCUGUCUCAAUGACAGGCGAAUCUUACUAUUGGGGCUGUUCCAAUUCGAUGUGUAGUUUCGAAGGCUAUGCUGUCAAAACAGGCCGAGAAUGGGGAUUUGACGAGACAAUACGCGAGAUGGCUGGUGUUCGCUAUCGUUGGCGAUUCCUUGCAAAGUCGCACAUUGUGCCCGAUCAUCGAACAAGGCAUCGGAUCUAUGACUAUCAAUGUAUACUGUGCAAAGCACAAGGCCAAGAAACAAAGAUUGUAACGGGCGAGAGAGCGUUCAUUGAACAUGUCAGCACGCAUCGAAACGAGCGGAGGAAUCCAUUUGGUAUGCAGCUCAUCGUAGCCGAGUUUGGGAGAGUUGCAUUAGAGGAAGAGCCUUGGGAUGUGAACUUACUACCACGCCCAGAAGACCUUCAGAGGAGAAGGGCCCCUCAAAUCGAAGACCAAAGUACCGGCCUGGGCAUCUCCAUGAACGGGGAGAGAGCGCGAGAGAGCCCUGUGGAUACGGGCUUCCACCAUAACCCCAACAAAGAAUGCUCCCAAGUCGCAAUACCAACACCAGAGGUGAAAGAUGUGCCCUUGCGACUAGAUCCGGAGAUCGCUCUCAACGAAGAGAAGGAGAGGGCUGGCCAAGGGGCCGUGCAUGAGGAGACGACUCUCCUCCACCCAGCGAUGAGACAAAGCUUCAUGAUGCCAGACCCAUGGCGUGCAUCAUAUGUAACGAUGCAAGGAGAGUCAACUGCAUCUAUUAAGAUCGAAGACUGCCCCGUCCUCAGAUCUUCUGAAGCAGCCUGCACGCUUACACUUGCUAAGUUCGAACGUUCCAACGCGGGAAUGUCUCAAUCACAGCAGCGCCUCUCCCAGAUACAGUCCCAUCUCUCCUCCUCCGAAGCCGACAUCCCUCGCGGUCGCGAUUCCCUGCUUCGCAAAUUCCCCGACGACGUCGUCGUCACCUGUGCCCUCCGCACGCCCUUCACAAAAGGUGGAAAAGGCGGUCUCAAAGACACAGCCGCCUCGGAUCUACUCGUGCAUAGCCUCCAAUCCCUUCUUUCUCGCUCAAACAUUUCCCCGGAAUUGGUUGAAGACGUCGCUGUCGGCAGCGUCCUACCUCCAGGAGGCGGGGCAACAGAAUUCCGCGCCGCAGCUUUAGUAGCUGGCUUUCCAGAAUCGACGGCUGUGAAAAGCCUGAACAGACAAUGCUCAUCCGGACUACAAGCGUGCGUGGACAUCGCUAACGCGAUACGCUCGGGUAUGAUCGACGUUGGGAUUGGCGCUGGAGUCGAGAGCAUGAGUAUGCAGUACGGUCCAGGUGCCGUGACAGAGUUUUCAGAAUUGCUCGAAAGUCAUCCGGAGGCGAAGAACUGCAAAGUUCCUAUGGGGAUGUUGAGUGAGCAGAUGGCUAAGGAUAGGGGUAUCAAGAGAAAGGACCAGGAUGCGUUUGCGGCGAGCAGUUAUCAGAAAGCUCUCGCUGCGCAGAAGGAGGGAAGGUUUGAUGAGGAAAUUGCACCUCUGACGGGUGUUAAAUGGGUAGAUCCGAAGACUGACGAGGAGAAGAUCGUGGAUGUGAGUAAGGAUGAUGGGAUCAGGGAGGGCGUCACGAAAGAGGGUCUGGGGAAGAUCAAGGCUAGUUUUGCAAAGGAUGGAAGCAUUCACGCCGGAAAUGCAAGUCAGAUCAGCGAUGGUGCCGCGGCUGUGCUUUUGAUGAAGCGAAGUACGGCGGAGAGAUUGGGGCAGAAAAUAGUAGGAAAGUUCGUGAGCAGCGCUAUAGUUGGGGUGAAGCCACUGCUGAUGGGCAUUGGGCCAUGGAAGGCGAUUCCGGUCGCAUUGCAGAAAGCGAGAAUUAGCAAAGAAGAGGUGGAUAUUUAUGAGAUUAAUGAAGCGUUUGCGAGUCAGUGCCUUUGGUGCAUUAGGGAGCUAGGGUUGGAUGAGAAAAAAGUGAAUCCCAAUGGGGGAGCUAUCGCUUUCGGUCAUCCACUUGGUUGUACUGGAGCUCGGCAGGUAUCCACACUUUUCAAUGAGCUUGGUCGGAGAAAACAGCAGAUUGGAGUCACCAGCAUGUGUGUUGGCACAGGCAUGGGCAUGGCGGCAGUGUGGGUGAAAGAAUAG